GUUAAAAAACAAGGGUGAGUUCAUGCCAGUUCAUGCCCUCCUUCAUUCCGUAUAAGCGUCCCAUACUCCCAUCUUCACUCCUACUUCCUGAAAGAUGCGUGAGGGGCACCCAAGGUGGUCAAAUGCUCUUGUGGCUCCACGUAACACAGAAACAUGUGUGGAGAAACUCUCAACUGGGGAUCCCAAGUGACGUCGGUACGACCGUUGGGUUUUCUCAUUUUCUCUACUCUGCAAUCCAUCUUCCUCCCUAUAUAAACUGAAAAUUCCUUUUUCAAAUUUCAAACUCCAAAGAUUAAGGUUUCUUGGACUUAGACUCAGAACCCACAAAAAUUUUCCUAGCUGGCUUCAUUUUUUAUGCAGAGCAACGACUGGGUCUUCUCAUUAUCGAGUGAAAUUUCCGGUUUCAAACUUCAAACUUCAAUGUUCUAAGGUUUAUUUGAUCCAGAGCCCAAGAAAAAUUUCGUGACAAAAGUCCAGAAGUCUCUUUGUUUCCGCAAAUUGCAAUUUCUUACCGUCUUCCCCAACGAGUCAUCUGCUUCGAAGGAAAGUCCGUUUCGGUACAAUCAGAUUUUAUUUUGGUGUUUGCGAAGGUCUAAAGGCUGAAUCUGUGAAUCCACUCAAGAACAGACACAUCUCACUUUCAGUAAGUUCGCCUUCAGUCAUGGACCAUGUCGUGUCUGAAAAUGGUGCACAAUCAGCUGAGCUAUUUCAUGGAGUCGAGGAUGACUUUGGAGGUGUCAUUGUGGACUUGAAAGACCCCAUGGAUUCAGAGGUCUUUGUUGCUUCUCUCAGAGCUUCGAUAUCAAAAUGGAGGCAAGAGGGUAAGAAAGGUGUUUGGAUUAAAUUGCCCAUCGAACUUGUAACUCUUGUUGAAGCUGCUGUAAAGGAGGGAUUCUGGUACCACCAUGCUGAGCCAAACUACUUGAUGCUUGUAUCUUGGAUUGAUGAUACUCCUCAUACUAUACCUGCAAAUGCAUCACACCGAGUUGGUGUCGGUGCUUAUGUGAUAAAUGAUAAAAGAGAGAUUCUGGUACUACAGGAGAAAGGUGGCAAGUUAAGGGGCACUGGUGUUUGGAAGUUCCCAACUGGAGUUGUUGAUGAGGGUGAAGAUAUCUAUAAGGCAGUAGUAAGGGAAGUUAAAGAAGAGACAGGAAUUGAUACAGAAUUUGUUGAAAUACUGGGUUUUAGGCAAAGUCACCAGGCAUUUUUUGGAAAGUCGGAUUUAUUCUUUGCUUGCCUGUUGCGGCCACUCUCCUUUGACAUCCAGAAGCAAGAAGUAGAGAUCGAGGCGGCAAAGUGGAUGCCGAUUGAGGAAUAUGCGGCGCAACCAUUUGUACAGAAAUAUGAGAUGGCAAAACACUUGAUUAAUAUCUGCAUUGCGAAGAUUGAUAAAAAAGAGUAUUCUGGAUUUUCUCCGGUGCUAACAGAAUCAGCUUUUAUAGAAAAACCAUUUGAUUUGUACUUGAACAGCCAUGAUUUUAACAUAGGCCAGAAAUCUUGAUGACCAUUAUAAGCAAAGGGUACAAUUACAAUCUAUAUUGAUUAAUUUAUGUGUACUCUGCAGUUUCCCGCAAAGGGAAUGUAAGAACUUUUUUUUCUGGUUUAUUUAUCUAUGCUUGUUGCGUGACAAGAUUCA